CGGCGGCGGCAGCGGCUUCCGACUUCCUGGCCGUCAAGUGAGGACUGUUGCAACGUCACCGUUAAGCGACUCUACCAACUCAGGACAGUUAGACAAGGACAGCUUCAGCAAAGGGUAGAACCCUGAUUUCCUAGAAGACGCGUCUGUCAAGACAUUACGUCAUCCCGCAGCCUCCUCUACCGCCAUCUUUGUUGGGGGCGGAUAGCCUAUAAUCAGAGAGGGUCUUCCGCUGCUGUUCUACAUUCUCGCCAUCCCUUUACGUUCCCAAGCUAUAUUUUAAAAAGUAUGAGAAAGAGUCGGGACCAAGUAAUAAGCUUUUCGCACAAGAAUUUUAAAGUGUGUGUGUGUGUGUGUGUGUGUGUGUGUCGCGCCAGUGACGUCAUGGACGCGUCUCUGCCAUCUUAAUUGUGGUUAGAGGGGCGGCAACUUCGUAAGUGCGGUGUGGGUGCAGCUGUCUAGAUGCAGAGCACCUGCGGGCGUGGACUCUUGCUGAGCCUGGCUGUGGUGGCGGCGGCAGUGUUGGCAGCACGACUAAUGGGCUGGUGGGGUCCCCGUGCCGUCUUUCGCCUUUUCAUACCCGAGGAGCUGGCCCGGUACCGCGGCAGGCCAGGGGAUCCGGGCCUUUACUUGGCAUUGCUCGGCCGCGUCUACGACGUGUCCUCUGGCCAAAGGCACUACGAGCCUGGGGCACACUAUAGCGGCUUUGCAGGUAUAAGCGAGGCUGCUCAUUCCUUUUCUUCCUGCGGGGGGACCGGCGUCGUUCGUUCAUUCAUUUUUUUCAACUGUUUCUGCCCACCCCCACGUUCGUCAGACCGCGGUGGCGAACCAGCCGCUCCAUCUGUUUGGUCUCUGGCGAAACUAUAGCCACCUAUUAUCGACCUGUACCCUCCCUGUUCACCGUUGUUCGUGACUUAGGUUUGAGAAACAUGUUUUAUAUCUCUUUGGUUACCCACUUUGGGAAACGGGGGGAUACCUGCUUUGUGCCAGGUUUAAUGCAGGGCGCUCAGGACACAGAGAUGAAUGAGAUCCUCUUCCCUGCCCUCAGAAAUCUAUUAAUUUCAGCCUCCUCUCUAUGUCCCGACUCUAAGUAAGUUUUCUUGUUACCCCACGUUUUCCCUAGAAGUAGCACCUUUGGUUUGUGUCAUUCUUACUUCCACUGCAGAUGCACUUGUCUGCCUAUCUUUAAAAAGAUGAGGUUAGGGGCUGGAUUGUGGCUCAGUGGUAGAGUGCUCUCCUAGUAUGCAUGAGGCACUGGGUUUAAUCCUCAGCACCACGUAAAAUAAAGAUAUUGUGUCCACCUAAAACUAAGAAAUAAAUAUUAAAAAAGAUACCUAUUUAUAAAAAAAAGAUUAUGGGGUUAGGUCAUAGGAAAGAGGUCUGGUCACUUUAACAGUUCUUUAAUACUUAGAAUAAACUUCACCUCUUGAGUAAUUUCGGAUUGCAGGUGCACACCUUAAUUCCAAAUUACUCGGGAGUUGAGGAUUGCAAGUUUGAAGCCAUCCUGGGCAACCAGGCAGCCUGUCUUAAACAAUAAUAACGAGGGCAAUGACAAAACCUUGUAAUAAAGCUGUGCAUGUUAGGCUCCUAAGAAUCUUGUUAAGUUUUUCCUGCUGUCACUAUUUUACAUCUGAGGAGAUUGAAGAAGAUUUGCCAAACAGCCCUCACAAAUAAACACUGACAGAACGUGAGUCAGGUCAA